AUGUCUCGAAAAGUCCGGCUUGGAAUCCUAACGCCGUCCUCCAAUACAAGCCUCGAGCCACUCACUCAAGCCAUCGUCGCGUCUUUGCCCAAUGUCUCGGUUCACUUCUCGAGAUUCCGCGUGCUCAAAAUAAGUCUAGACAGCGACGGACUCAAUCAGUUCCAGAACGAAAGCAUCGUCGCAGCCGCUCAACUCUUGGCUGACGCCGAGGUGGACAUGAUCGGCUGGAGCGGCACGUCAUCCGGAUGGUUGGGAUUCGAAGCUGACGAGAAGCUGUGCGCCGACAUCACCGCCGCGACGGGGAUUCCGGCUACUACUUCGGUUCUGGCCCUCAACAAGGCUGUCCAUGAGUUCGGUAUCAAGGAGCUCGGUCUUGUUACGCCGUACACAGAUGACGUACAGGAGGCUAUCAUUCAGACAUACUCUACCAUUGGCGUUGACUGCACGAAAGAGAGCCAUCUGCGAAUUUUCAAAAACUCUACUUUCGCAGCUGUGGAAGAGUCUACUCUUGAUGGCAUGGUGGACGACGUGGUGGCCAAAAGAGUUCAGGGCGUCACAACGUUCUGCACCAAUCUUAGAGCUGCACAACGGGUAGCUCAUUGGGAAGAGAAGCACGGAAUACCCGUUUUUGACACGGUUGCUACGGUUAUUUGGGAGAUGCUGCGAGCUUGUAAGAUUGACAUGUCUCCACUGGAACCUUGGGGCCAGCUCUUCUCCAACCAAUGA